UGUGAUGACAAAUGUGAAAGAAGUUUUGUUAAAGUGAGUUUACUUCCUUUAUUUUAUUUAAAAUUGUUAAUUGAUUGGCUUGAUGUUUAUUGUGAUAAUUAAUUUAGCUUAGUGUUAACUGAUACUCUGAUAAUUAACAUUACUUCAAAAAUAGCUUUGAAGUUUGUGAGCUUUGGAUUUUUGAGCAUGCUCAAGUUGCUUUCAUGAAUUUGAAUCAUAUGAUCUGAUUACGUUAAUCUAUACGGAUUACUUUUUUUCAUUUUAGUUUACCUCUAUCAUCACCACCUUUUAUCAUCAUCAUCAUCAUCAUCUCUAUCAUCAUUGUCAUUGUCAUUAUCAUCAUCAUCAUCAGUAAAUUCAUAACAUCAGCGUUUACAUUAACAUCAGACGUAUCAAGAUUGUCACAUUCUCUUUCUAAUUACCUUUGCUUAUAUUUUUUGUUAUUGCCUGUCAAGAAUCAUUAAUUUUUAUUCACCAAUCUCCUCCAAGAUCUAGUCUUUAAUAAUCAUUGGUAUAAAUUUGUUUUCCUUGGUCGAGGAUGAGUUAUUUCGCUCAUUCUAGACUAUUAUAUACUUGCAUCAAUCACCCUGGCUGAUAUUUAUCACCCCUUUGUUCUGUGAAAACAGGAAAUAUUGAAGAAAUAUCUUUUCUGUUUCUUUAUUUGUGAUCAAAGCUAAACUAUCCAUUUUUAAAACCUAAUAUGGCUUCAAAUGGUGGAACAGGUAAUGGUGCUCCAGCAUCAACCUCUUCAUCUACAUCUCACGAAACUACAUUAUCACCAUCACCGCCACAGCCAGCUGUGGACAACAAAGAUCAUUAUAUCAACCUGAACCCUACAAGCAGUCAUUAUUCUCACUCAUCAUCACAUUCUCAUACCCAUCAAUCUCUUAAGACAACUAUGUCAACCUCUUCUAUUUCUUCGAACAAUGCAGGAGAUCCAUUAUCUCCAACUACUCCCACCUCAACAACCUGUAACCUGGGUUAUGAGGCGAUUCCAGUUGGAACAGUCAAACGAGAUUCCUAUAAGGACAGUAAAAGAUUGUACCAAAAACAGAAGAAGAAGGCUGUCGAAGAAUUGCUUUCUAUUCUCAAUGAUCCAACUGUUCUAGUGAUGGCAGACUGGUUAAAAGUUAGAGGAACUCUAAAAAGUUGGACAAAACUAUAUUGUGAGCUUAAACCUGGUCUUUUGGUUUUGUACAAAAAUGCUAAAACCCAUAAAAGUGGUUAUUGGGUUGGAACUAUUCUUCUUAAUAUGUGUGAAAUAAUUGAGAGGCCCUCUAAAAAAGAUGGUUUCUGUUUUAAACUUUUCAACCCACUCGAUCAAACAAUAUGGGCUCCUCGUGGUCCGCGAGGUGAAUCAUUCGGUGCCAUCGUUCAACCUUUACCGAUGAGUUAUUUAAUUUUUAGAGCCUCAUCUGAACAAGCUGGUCUCAAUUGGAUGAAAGCUAUUGAAGUUUCUCUCAAUUGCUCCAUUGUAUUAAUGAGAGGUGGUGGUAAUCCUCGAGACGCCCUUAAUUCUUUUUUGAGCAAUUUUAAUUCUUCCGCAGAAGACUGUUCCCCGCCAAGUUCAGCCAAAUUGGAUUUAGAUGAAAGUGAAAUUGAGCGACACUUCAAAGAUCAUGAUUUAGAAGAUGACACCCAAACAGAUCACGAAGAAAACACUGAAACAGCAUCACAAGGACACCAUUCGACUGAUUCAGAUUCUAGCACAGUUAGCAUUCAAGAUCCACAUCCAUCGCGAGCUAUUAAGCAAUCUUCUGGGGGAUCUCUCGUUUACAGUGUUAACCAAGUUGAAGACUCUGUGAUUGAAACUGUAUAUGUUGAGGAGGUUACAGAGGAUGUUUCCACCAUGGGGGAAGAAUGUCAAACUGAAGAAGUAGCUGAAGAGAACAAAUCACUUCUUUGGAGUUUACUAAAACAAGUUCGACCGGGGAUGGAUUUAUCCAAAGUUGUACUACCUACCUUCAUUUUAGAACCUCGAUCAUUUUUAGAUAAAUUAAGUGACUAUUAUUACCACUGUGAUAUUCUUUCCAAAGCGGCUCUUGAAGAGGAUCCAUUGAUUCGUAUGAAGAAAGUGGUCAAAUGGUAUCUUUCUGGUUUCUAUAAGAAACCUAAAGGCUUGAAAAAGCCCUAUAACCCCAUUUUAGGUGAAUGUUUCCGCUGUUACUGGGCUCAUCCUGAAACUGAUAGUAGGACUUUCUACAUUUCCGAGCAAGUGUCACAUCAUCCACCAAUUAGUACUUUCUAUGUCACUAACAGGAAAGAUGGCUACUGUAUAUCAGGAAGUAUACUCGCUAAAUCAAAGUUUUAUGGAAACUCAGUAUCUGCAAUAUUAAAUGGAACUGCUAAAUUGACCUUUUUAAAUCGAGGUGAAGAUUAUACUCUAACUAUGCCCUAUGCUCACUGUAAAGGAAUUUUGAUGGGAACUUUAAGCCUCGAACUGGGAGGUAAAGUUGACAUAAAAUGUGAAAAAACAGGCUAUUGUACGGAAAUGGAAUUUAAACUGAAACCAUUCCUUGGAGGGUCCGAAUUAUGCAAUAACGUUGUCGGCAAAAUAAAACUUGGUAAAGAAACAUUGUGCACUUUAGAUGGUCAUUGGGAUACAUUAAUAAAAGUUAAAGAUAAACGUACAGGACAAGAGUCGAUUCUCUGGGAAGUGACAUCCGAUGUUAGAAAUGCUAGAUUGAAACGACAUUUGGUUCCAUUGGAUUCUCAAGAAGAUUUUGAAUCAGAAAAAAUGUGGCGUAAUGUAACUAAUGCAAUAAUCAAUGGUGAUCAAAUUGCGGCAACCGAGGAAAAAACAAUACUAGAAGAAGAACAGCGACGAGAAGCUCGAGAACGUCUAAUUAAUAAAGAAUCUUGGAAUGCUCGCAAUUUUAUUCAAGAUUUAUGCAACGGUGAAUGGAUUUAUAGAUACCUUGAUUCACGUCCAUGGGAUCCAAGAACUGACGUCUUGCAAUACGAAAGAAACUUUCAAAUUCAAACCAAAACUCGACAUAAAACUCCAACUGUUGCCUGUCGUACAAGCUCUGUUGUUUCUAUUGAUAAUCCAUUAGCUGUUGCUCGAUUAGCUACUCACCGAUCCCCUAAAUCGCCAAGAGACCAAAAAACUGAAAGCUUAGGAAGUGAACACAGUUCCGCUUCUCAAGUUUCCACUUCACACCUAGAAAAUCGAGCUGACGGUAAUACGAUUUUAACAGGAAAAAAUCAAAUUGAACAACUUGUUAAUAAAUUGGAUACCUUACAUGAUAAAUUAUGCUCUAUAGAAAAGCAAAUUACCGCCAAUCAAAUAGUCCAACAAAUGAAAAUCAAACAAACAACAUCAUCGACUCAACCCUCUCAUUCAGCCAACAAUUCAGAGAUUAUCGGAGUCUUGGGAAACUCUCAUCAAAUUAAAAUGAUUAUUGGAUUUUUGCUGCUUUCCAUUUUCAGUCAAAUAAUUAUUACAUUGGCUUUUGGAUCAUCGAAAAAAUUGAAAUAAUGAUCAACAUGUUUAUCAAUGCUCAUUUUAAUUUUGUUUUUAUUUUUAAUUGCUUCAAAUCAAGAAACAUUCAAACGGAUCUUUUUUUCGUUGAUGAUUCUCACCUUUGGUGAUAAAAUUUACUACUUUAUCUUCAACUUUCUCCCUUUUCCUCGUUUGUAUGUUAAAACACAAACUCAAGAAGAAUCAAAACAAUCAGUAUCAAUUUUUAAUUUUUCCCCUUAAUUCUUCCCAACGAGUCUUGAUGUCUUUAUUUUUUGUUUGGUUCCUUGUUUGUAUUGAUUUCUAAGUCAAAUUGUUAAAUACGUUCGCCUCUUUUGUCUUUCGAUACUUCUCGAUCCUUUAAUUAUUAAGGGGUUUAUUUCUGUAAUUCAUAACACUGUAUUUGUAAAUCAGCUCGAUAAUAAUAUUAUUAUCUAAAAAUUUAAUAUAACAAAGUUAUACGUGAA